CUUUCCUGAACCAAGGACUAUAUUCUGCCUUUCCUGCUGUCCGCACCAGGAGGAUCUGGUGGCUGUGGGGUACAAGGACGGUAUGAUCGUCCUCAUAGAUAUCAGCCGUAGAGGAGACGUGGUGCAUCGUCUGCGUGGACACGAUGAUGAGAUCCACUGCCUGGCAUGGUGCCCGCAUCCCCGAGAGGAAGAGUUGAAUCAAAAGCUGGAAGAUGCACCAGCAGCCGAGCAGAAUGCAGCCAAUGGAGACCUCCUGCCAGAGACUGAGAACAAGGGCUGCUACCUGGCCUCAGGCAGCAAAGAUCAGACUAUCCGUAUAUGGAAUUCCUCUACAGGAAAAGGUGUUUCCACACUAAAGUUGCCCUAUUUGAAGCGCCGUGGAGGUGGCAUUGAUCCAGCCAUCAAGGAGCGUCUAUGGCUAACUCUCUACUGGCCACAUGGACAUCCCACUCAGUUACUGUCCAGUUGUUUU